AUGGCCGGGCUACCCUGCAGGAUCAUCAAGGAAACCCAGCGUUUGCUGGCAGAACCAGUACCUGGUAUUAAAGCAGAACCAGAUGAGAGCAACGCCCACUAUUUUCAGGUGGUCAUUGCUGGUCCCCAAGAUUCCCUGUUUGAGGGAGGGACUUUUAAACUUGAACUAUUCCUCCCAGAAGAAUACCCAAUGGCAGCACCUAAAGUACGUUUCAUGACCAAAACUUAUCAUCCUAAUGUAGACAAGUUGGGAAGAAUAUGUUUAGAUAUUUUCAAAGAUAAGUGGUCCCCAGCACUGCAGAUCCGCACAGUUCUGCUAUGGAUCCAGGCUUUGUUAAGUGCUCCUAAUCCAGAUGAUCCAUUAGCAAAUGAUGUAGCGGAGCAGUGGAAGACCAACGAAGCCCAAGCCACAGAAACAGCUAGAGCAUGGACUAGGCUGUAUACCAUGAAUAAUAUUUAA